AUGGAAGGCGAGGGGCGUCAGCCGAAGAGAGGAGCGCCAAUAGGAAUUGGCGGACCAGAGCUUAAGUGCCUUGAUGUUGACGAUGGCAAUAGCAGGAAAUGGAAGUGGAAGAGAAAGGUGAAGGAGAAAGUUGGACUUGGUCAGUGCACUGGGGCAAACGGAGGGGCAGCAGUGCUAGCGAUAGAGGAAGAGGAGGAAGAGGAGGAAGAGGAAGAGGAGGAGGAGGAGGAGGAGGAGGAGGAGGAGGAGGAGGAGGAGGAGGAGGAGGAGGAGGAGGAGGAGGAGGAGGAGGAGGAGGAGGAGGAGGAGGAUGAGGAAGGGGGAAGAGGAAGAGGUAGAGGAGGACUAAGCUAUGAAAGGAACACGCUUGGCACGACCCCUUGA